AAAUUUAUAUCAAGCAUUUAACCUAAACGGACAACCUCUCCAAGUGAACACUUAGAAGAGAUAAGUUGCCAUUGUGGCAACGACGGCCGAUGCAGCGAGCGAGAACAUCUGCGUGUUGGCCCCACUGGAUCCCGAUUCUUUCGAGCCCGAGGCCGAGGUCGACUCGUCACCAACAUCGGUGGUGCUGCCUCCAGAUCCGCUUUCGGAGCCUUCGAGAGUGGUCUCGGUGGUCUCACUGCCACUUCCAUCCAUCUCGCCGGUUGUGGGCGCCGGCGCGCUGGUUGUCGUGGGAGCUGUUGUUGGAGCCUGCGUCGCGGGUACAGGAGGGGCGGUUGUGGGCGCCUGCGUCGCGGGUGUAGUAGGAGGGGCCGUGGUCGGUGCGUUCGUCGCAGGGGUCGCCGUAGUGGCAGUGGGGGUCUGAGCAGUGACUCCCUGAGUGGCGAUGGCUGCUGCAAUGAGGAUGACAGUGAAGAACUUCAUCUUGAAAAGGAACCGAGGCGACUGGGACUCUUGUAGAUGCGAGAACGGGAGCGCAAAUGUGCGAAUGACAACGGACGGGUCGCGUUCGGUUCGUGUGAACCAGCAACAGCGGUCUCUUUACUGGUAACGGACAAUCUACUGCGAAAGAAAAUCCGCGGCAGUUUUGCAACGAAUAUCGAGUGCGCAUGUACGCCCACGCCUUUAUUUAUACCCCUGUAUGAGCUUUAUAACAUGAAGAAGGUGAAAACCGUCCAAGAAAAACGGAAUAGCAGGAAUUUCUAACGGGCAACGCAAAUUGCGCCGUGCUAAGUUUGGGAGAAUUCUCUAGAGUUUGAAACACUCGAGUAGAUUCAUGUACGAUUUAAGCGGAUAGCACCAGCAUAUCUACAUUGGCUGCUGAAGGAAUGGUUAACCCAAAACUACGAAACCCUGUCUAGAUGAGGGCUCCAAUGGUCAGAGCGACGAUGGUCGAUCCGUACACCGCCACUGUCUGGAUACUGGCCGCGUCCGAGCUCGAGCCUGUGUCUGCGAGCGAGUCUGAGGCAGCGCUGGCGGCUUCCUCGACCCCAGACUCGCUGCUGCCGGAAUCGCCCUCUGACGUUCCAUCGCUUUGGAUGGAAAGAUCUUCCGUGCCACUUGAGCCGCUUUCGGAGUCGCCCACUUGGACAUCAGAGGCGUUGGAGGCUGCGGCUGAGCCUAACAUAUUGACGUCGCUGGGCUCAGUCGACUUUGACUCCGACGAUGGCUCACUGGUACUUCCAGACACGCUCGAUCCUGCAGAAGACGCAGUCGUGGACGCUGACGCCGAUGUGGACCCAGAUGCUGACAGCGAUGAGGAUGCCGAAAGCGAUGCAGCCGUCUGAGCUGUGGACACGGUUGCCAUGGCGAGAACAAGCAGGAGCGGGGUCAGGAACUUCAUCUUAUGGGAAGCUUGAUGCUCGAUAGGCGAAGUUGGGAAGUGAGGCUUUAGGUGCGAAGAUACGGGGACUCAUACGCUACCAAGACUCUUCCAGAAGUCGUGAGUACAGAGGAAACCGUCGAUUUUUGCAGGAUACGUUCAUGGUGGAAGAGUCCCCACGACACUACAACGCGUUGAGAUAUAACUCGGAGUUGCUUGCGCAUGUCAGUUUACGGAAAGAAGAUGUUUGAUGCUGGACUUUAUUGGAGUCAACAAGGUCCUACACUAGGAAUUACCGCUGACUAAGUAGUCUGGUUGUCGUUGGAGGUUCAAUUGUUGUCGGCAUCCUAAAUGCACGGUGCAUGAAGCACCUAGUUAUUGUCGACGGCAUGUUGUACAAUGAGGGAUCUCUUGCGUUGGUCAGAGGCCGCCGAAGUAAAAAUGGAUACUGUACUACAGCACUAAUUGUUGGGCUCAAUCGAAAAGAGCAAAAAAAAAAUCUACGACACGAGGUGAGCAGACGUCACGAACACCCAGGUACCCUUACUUGUCUCCCUU